AUGGACGCGGCUGCCAAACAAAUCAAGGGCAAGGGCGCAAUCAUGAGAUUAACCCAAUCUGGUCAAGGGUCAAAUGAUUAUGCAUUGCAUACACAGGAAAACCCUCUCAAGUCCCCAAUUGAAAGUCAGAGAAAGCACAUCGACGCAAUCCGGCUUGCCAAAAUCGUUGAAAUGCGUCCCAAAGCUAUGCCAUGCUUCUACUCGGCAAACAUGCAAGAUGAUUCUAAGAUGUUCUCGGGAGGGCAAAACCGAAUAAUCUAG